AUGUCACCGAAGGGGGGCAAACUCUGUGCCAGCAAAGGAAAGAAGAAACAUUUGCAAGGCACAUUCCGGGAAAGAGAUGGAAUGGCUGUUGUUCAGAAAGUUUAUGAUGGAUUUGGGGAUAGUGAUGGAAAUAUAGCAGAUAUCAAUCAAGGACAGAUUUUUCAGGGAUUUAGAAAUGUUGGUCAAUGUGCUGGCACAGAGUAUGCCCUCCUUCUAGUGAUGUCCUAUGACCGUUAUGCUGCCAUCUGCUGUCCUCUGCACUAUGAGAUCAUCAUGAAUAGAGGUGCCUGUGUGCAGAUGGUGACAGCAUCAUGGUUUUGUGGGUGUGUCUAUGGAUCCAUUCAUGUUGCUGGCACAUUUUCUGUUCGUUUUUGUGGUCCCAACAUCGUGCACCAAUUCUUUUGUGAUGUCUCAUCAUUGCUCACACUUGCUUGUUCUGGACAGAAAACCCUAGAAUAUGCAUUUAUAAUUGGUAGUUGUUGUUUUGUGUUUAUAUGUUUUAUUUUAUUGAUUGUAUCCUAUGUUCACAUUUUUUCAACUGUUCUAAGAAUCCCAUUUGCCAAAGGAAGGUUGAGAAGUCUGUCCACCUGCCUGCCCCACCUCACUGUGGUGACACUGUUUCUCUUUUCUGGGAGUAUCACGUCUUUAGCUACAAAUUUUAAAUCUUCAUCUUCAGUGAAAGUAUUGAUAUCUGUGCUUUACACGGUGUUACCUCCCAUUAUGAAUCCUGUCAUCUACAGCCUGCGAAACUGCGAUGUGCACAUGGCCUUGGGUAAACUGAUAGCGUCAUGGUUCCUGACACACUUGGCUGGUGGCCAGGAAGACUCUAUCUCUCUGGCGUUGCGGGCCCUGAUGCACUUGGCUGGUGGCCAGGAGGGCUUUGUCCUGAACGCCCUCCUGGAACUUCAUCAAGUCCCAUGUUCCCUGCGUUCUGAGAACAAAGGUCAGGCAGGGACAGUUCCUUCCAUUCCCCAGCGAGGAUGA